AUGGGGGACAUGUCCAACAGCGAUUUCUACACCAAAAACCAAAGAAAGGAGAGCAGCCAUGCGGCUGUCUUUGGCUGCUCCCUCAUGGAGCUGCGCUCGCUCAUGGAGCUGCGCAGCACGGAGGCGCUGGUGAAGAUCCAGGAGGACUACGGGGACGUGGAGGGACUCUGCAAACGGCUGAAAACCUCGCCCACGGAAGGUCUGGCUGGUUCUCCUCCUGACCUGGAGAAGAGAAGAGAGCUGUUUGGGAAGAACCUGAUACCUCCAAAGAAGCCAAAAACCUUCCUGCAGCUGGUGUGGGAGGCGCUGCAGGAUGUCACCCUCAUCAUCCUUGAGGUGGCCGCCCUCAUCUCACUGGGCCUGUCCUUCUACCACCCCCCUGGAGAGACCAGCAGAGAGGGCUGUGGCUCAGCGAAGGGCGGGGCGGAGGACGAGGGCGAGGCAGAGGCUGGCUGGAUCGAGGGGGCGGCCAUCUUGUUGUCGGUGGUGUGUGUGGUGCUGGUGACGGCCUUCAACGACUGGUCGAAGGAGAAGCAGUUCCGGGGACUGCAGAGCCGCAUCGAGCAGGAGCAGAAGUUCCAGGUGGUCCGUGGCAGCCAGGUCAUCCAGCUUCCUGUUGCUGACAUCGUGGUGGGGGACAUCGCCCAGGUCAAAUACGGUGACCUCCUCCCUGCUGAUGGAGUACUGAUCCAAGGCAACGAUGUGAAGAUUGACGAGUCGUCUCUGACCGGCGAGUCUGACCACGUCAAGAAGGCCGCAGACAAAGACCCCAUGCUGCUGUCAGGGACCCAUGUGAUGGAGGGUUCAGGGCGCAUGUUGGUGACGGCCGUUGGUGUCAACUCUCAAACCGGCAUCAUUUUCACUCUGCUAGGGGCCGGAGUAGAGGAGGAGGAGAAGAAGGAGAAAAAAGAGGGGGCAGUGGAGGAUGGACUCCAGAAUACAGAUCGCUCCCAUCCCUCCACCCACCCCAUCGCCACCAUCACCACGGAUGGGGCUCCAGGCCUUAACCCCGCAGGCAGUGGCGGUCUUAUUAAUGGUAAAAUGCAGGAUGGGAAUAUGGAGAACAACCAGAUUAAAGUGAAGAAGCAGGAUGGAGCAGCAGCCAUGGAGAUGCAGCCGCUGAAGAGCGCUGAGGGUGGAGAGACAGAGGAGAAGGAGAGGAAGAAGCCGUCCGCCCCCAAGAAAGAGAAGUCGGUGCUGCAGGGGAAGCUGACCAAGCUGGCCGUCCAGAUUGGCAAAGCAGGCCUUCUCAUGUCAGCCAUCACCGUCAUCAUCCUCGUCCUGUACUUCGCCAUCGACAACUUCGUGCUGCAGAAGCAGCAGUGGCUGCCGGAGUGCACGCCCAUCUACAUCCAGUACUUCGUCAAGUUCUUCAUCAUCGGCGUGACGGUUCUGGUGGUGGCCGUGCCCGAGGGACUGCCGCUGGCCGUCACCAUCUCCCUGGCCUACUCUGUCAAGAAAAUGAUGAAGGACAACAACCUGGUGCGCCACCUGGACGCCUGCGAGACGAUGGGAAACGCCACGGCCAUCUGCUCAGACAAGACCGGCACGCUCACCACCAACCGCAUGACCGCCGUGCAGUGUUUUGUGGGAGAUGUGCACUACAAAGAAAUUCCUGAACCGCAGGUCCUGCCACCAAAGUCCUUGGACCUGCUGGUCCACUCCAUCUCCAUCAACAGCGCCUACACGUCCAAGAUACUGCCGGCAGAUAAGGAAGGCGGUCUGCCGAAGCAGGUUGGUAAUAAGACAGAAUGUGGUCUUCUGGGUUUGGUCCUGGACCUGAAGCGGGACUAUCAGCCAGUCAGGAACCAGAUUCCAGAGGAGAAACUUUACAAGGUCUACACCUUCAAUUCUGUCAGGAAGUCCAUGAGCACUGUCGUCAAAAUGCCUGACGGGAGUUUCCGGAUGUACAGCAAAGGAGCCUCUGAGAUUGUCCUGAAGAAGUGUGGCAAAAUCCUGAGCGAGGUUGGUGAGCCGCGGGUGUUUCGACCUCGUGACAAAGACGAGAUGGUGAAGAAGGUGAUCGAGCCGAUGGCGUGUGACGGUCUGAGGACCAUCUGCGUGGCGUACCGCGACUUUCCUGCCAACCCAGAGCCCAACUGGGACGACGAGAGCAAUAUCUUGAGUGACUUGGUGGCCAUCUGUGUGGUCGGCAUUGAGGAUCCCGUCAGGCCAGAGGUGCCUGACGCCAUCCAGAGGUGCCAGCGAGCGGGUAUCACAGUGCGCAUGGUGACGGGGGACAACAUCAACACGGCCAGGGCUAUCGCCAUUAAAUGUGGAAUCAUCCAUCCUGGAGAGGACUUCCUCUGUAUCGACGGGAAGGAGUUUAACAGAAGGAUCCGGAACGAGAAGGGAGAGGUGGAGCAGGAGCGUAUUGACAAGGUUUGGCCAAAACUCAGAGUGCUGGCUAGGUCCUCUCCAACCGAUAAACACACUCUUGUCAAAGGCAUUAUUGACAGCACCAUGGUGGACCAGAGGCAGGUGGUGGCUGUGACAGGAGAUGGGACCAAUGAUGGACCUGCACUUAAGAAGGCUGAUGUUGGCUUUGCCAUGGGUAUUGCCGGUACAGACGUGGCGAAGGAGGCGUCCGACAUCAUCCUGACCGACGAUAACUUCAGCAGCAUCGUGAAGGCGGUGAUGUGGGGCCGAAACGUUUACGACAGCAUCUCCAAGUUCCUCCAGUUCCAGCUCACCGUCAACGUGGUCGCCGUCAUCGUGGCCUUCACCGGCGCCUGCGUCACUCAGGACUCUCCUCUGAAAGCAGUCCAGAUGCUUUGGGUCAACCUGAUCAUGGACACCUUUGCUUCUCUGGCCCUGGCCACCGAGCCACCCACUUUGUCCCUGCUGAAGAGGAGGCCCUACGGGCGAAAUAAGCCCCUGAUCUCCAGCACCAUGACCAAGAACAUCUGCGGACACGCCAUCUACCAGCUCGUCAUCAUCUUCACGCUCCUCUUUGUUGGUGAGAAGAUCUUUGACAUUGACAGCGGUCGAAACGCCCCUCUUCAUUCCCCGCCCUCUGAACACUACACCAUCAUCUUCAACACCUUUGUCAUGAUGCAGCUCUUCAACGAGAUCAACGCCCGCAAAAUCCACGGCGAGAGAAAUGUCUUCGAGGGAAUCUUCGGCAACCCCAUCUUCUGCUCCAUCGUCUUCGGCACCUUUGCUGUCCAGAUUGUGAUUGUGCAGUUUGGAGGGAAGCCGUUUAGUUGUACACCCCUGGACACGGAGAAAUGGAUGUGGUGCGUUUUCCUGGGAAUGGGAGAGCUGCUCUGGGGACAGCUCAUAUCUACCGUGCCCAAUAGCAGGCUGCGCUUCCUGCGGCGGGCAGGUCAGCUGAGCCAGAAAGACGAGUUGCCGGAGGAGGACAUGAACGAAGACAACGAGGAGAUUGACCACGCGGAGCGAGAGCUGAGGCGAGGACAGAUCCUCUGGUUCAGAGGACUGAACCGCAUCCAGACUCAGAUCCGUGUAGUGAAUGCGUUCCGUAGCUCCCUCUAUGAAGGUUUGGAAAAACCGGAUUCCAGGACAUCCAUCCACAACUUCAUGACGCAUCCCGAGUUUAGGAUAGAGGACUCAACCCCCAACAUCCCCCUCAUCGACGACACAGACGACGACUCGUCCCGCAGAAACCGGGCCAACAGGAAGCCCCCCGGCAGCCAGCCCACCUCUCCCAACAAGAACAACAACGCCAUCAGCGGCGGGAUCAACCUCUCACUCGCACCGAGCAAAUCAGCCGCCUUGUCCAGCCCUGCCAGUCCCCUGCACAGCCUGGAGACCAGCCUCUAA